AAAUGACAGGGCCGUCUCCAAUGCCUCUACGAAAGUACACGUAUUUUACAAGUUGCUAAAAAAACCUACAUUUUAUUUUUAUUCUUGUAGAUUCCACCCGUUCCUUCCGCGCUCUCACGCAAAGUCCACAUUUACGCCACGGCACGCACACGGGAUCGCGCGCGCACGCAAACACACUCAUUCAGUGACUCGUCCUUUCUGCAAGGUUCUAUUUACAUUACACACUUCCCCAUACACAUAGCGUGCCUGGAUGAACUCUAUAAACGCGAGCUUCCCAGUCCCCCAGGGCACGCUGCCAUUAAACGGUGGUCGCUCUCUGUUGGAUUAACAUGACUUCAAACGAUUAAUAAGCAAGCAGCGUGCCUAUACUGUUAAUAUAACUUGUUAUUAUUAUAACGUUGUGACAUUAUUAUUCGAUCUUGAAAGGAUAGAAUCCAAAGACACCCGUUAGCAGCAGAACGAGCUCUGCCCGGACGUUGCGUGUCUUCCAGGGUUUAACGUGGAGAGACACAUAAGGACGGGGUUUCGAGGAUUUUCUCUAAAAAAAUCCCCUCAAAGCCCACUCGUUUUAUUUUUAUCACGCAGAUCCUCGCUAUUCUGCUGUAAAUACGGAUCAGCCAUCACGAAGACGCACGGAGCGGCUGCAUUUUUAGACACGAUUUACAAUAAAAAGCCACGCAAACUUUAUUAACCCAUAAAGUUACUGUCAAGGAAGCGAAACGUGGGCACGGCACCGUCUAAGGAGGAUCCUUAAAUACACGCUGUUCCGUCAGUUUGUGGGCCGGGUAAAUGAAUCACUCUCCUUCGCUCUGAGAAUACUCAGCCGGUUCAAACGGUUCAUAGAGCGUUCUAUUCUUUACGCUGCUUGCGUAGAAACGAGCGUCGUCGUCAUGGUGACCGCGUAACGCUUAAGUUUCGCCCCAAAGGCGUGCUUUUCACGGGCAGUGAUUUAAACGAACCGAAUUCAGCCGUUUUGUAGCAAAAUAAUGGAGGAGACACCUAAGGAGACAGCUGAUAAAGGAGAAAUGGAAAUUCACGUCCCCUCGUACCCCCUACCCCUGGAAAUACAGCAGAUGGAUCAUUCUGACAAGACCUGUCGUUACUGCGGUGUAAGUUAUUUGAUCCUGCACGAGUUCCAGCGCCUGCAGGAGCGUUUGCGGGAAGUCGAGAGAGAGCUGGAGCAGGAGAGAGGAAGCACAGAGAGAGAGAGAACCCUGAGAGAAAAGCUCCAAGAAGCCUACGCUCAUCUGGAGGAGCUGAAAACAUCUGUGCUUCAGCAGCAGGAAACCACGAAGGCCCUUGACCUGCAGCUGUGCGUGGUCACGCGUGAGAUGGAGAGCGUGAGGGUGGAGAAAAAGACAGCGUUUGUAGAGCUGGAAAACGAACGCACUUGCCGCCUGCACCUCAGGUCAAGGUUUGUGCAUCAGCAGAGGCUUCUCGGGGAGGCUUUGGCCCUGCUGCAUUCGUCCCGAGGGGAGAUGACAACUGUUAAGAAGCAGUUAACUCACUUCCUGGAGACCUGGGAGAACAGCAAAGCACUGAUACAGCAGAGUUGCAUCAGCGCCGAUGCAGAGGGUGCUCAUCUGAAGCAGCAAGUGGCUGGGUUGCAGGUGGAGCUGAAGAGGCUGCAGGUGGAGGUGCCAAACUUGAAGUCAUGUCUUGAUGCAGCAAAAGAGCAGAUUCUGCAGUUGGAGAACCAGGUCCAGACCCAGAAUCGUGAAGCCCAGCUUCUCACACAGGGCCUGAGGGAGGAGGUGAAGACUCUGAAAAUAGAUAUCCAGAACAGCAGGCAUGAACGAGAGCAUGCAGAGAAACUCUUGGAGAUGAAGUCGGCGGAGAAGGAGGGUCUGAGAGCGUUGUGGAGCGGGCAGACGGACGCUGUCGAGAGGCUGUCCCGAGACCUGAGGGAAAAGGAGGAGAGCCGGUUGUCAUGUCAACAACGAUGCGAGUCCAUGCAGAAGCAGCUGUCGGUGUGGCAACAGAAAGAGGAGGAGGUGACCCGGAGACUAGAACGGGCAGAGGGCGAGGUGAAGGACCUGAGAGCAGCCCGAUCCACUUUACUGCAGGAGAGUGAGGAGCUGAGGAGAAGUCAUGCGGGAGAAUUAGAGAGACUGGAGGAGAGCUUCAGAACGAGGCUGAAUGCUGCAGAGGAGCACAAUUCAGAGAUGGAGGAUUUUCUCCGGCAGAAACAGGCUGAGCAAGACAAACAGCUGAAACAGCAAGAGAUGGAGUUAAGAAGAGAAGCUGACAUUGAACUGGAUAUCCAAAGACAACAAAACCAGGAGCUGAUGAACAAAUACCAGAGCGAAAAGCAGCAACUACAAAACAGGAUUCCUGCUCUCGUUCAUUCAGCCACGCAGGAGCUCCGCGAGGAGUUGGCAGUGCUGCAGGAGCGCAUUGAAGAUCACGAGAAAGAGAUGCGGCGUGUCUGUGAGAGCGCCUCCCAGAGGCAGCGCGAGCUCACGGAGGAGCGGAGGACAGGGGAGGCACAGCUGAACCAGGCUCAGAGCAACGUCCAGCGCCUCAAAGAAGAGAGGGCCGCCCUACAGGAAGAGAAGUGCUUUCUCGAGGAGACAGUAAGACGUGAGUGUGAAGAAAGGGAAGAACUAACCUCAGCCCUGAGCCUGGCUAAAGAACAACUGCUGGAACUCAAACGCUCUAUAAUAAGACCAAAAGAAACCCAGACACACACCCAACUCUCCAGACUUACAGGAACACACACAGACCUCCCCUUCCCCAAAUUCAAUCCCAGUCCACCCAGCCGUUCUCAGGCACACAAAAACAGCUCUCGGUCCACACUGAGCACCAGCCGUUUUCCAGAGAGGAAUUCUGGCAGUGGGAGUAAAAGUUCGACAUCCUGGCACGGAUCUUCACUGCCAAGUCCCACCCUGCCCAAAAUCAGCAAAGAGAGGAUGACUUGAGCAAAAGCAUCACUACAGUGAAGGGCAGAUGGGACAAAUUUUGAUUCUCACUAGAAAAUCCUAUAGAUUGUGUAUUUUUAGGUCAGAGGUCACCAUGUAGUUGGGAAGUAGCUAAUUACAAAAAUAAAGUACAUAAGCGAACUCUUUAAACUAAAAAUCGGGGUACUUUUACCUGAGUUAAAUUAAACAGUAUUCAACUUGCCAAAAGUACAAAAGAAAGAUAAAAGGUGCCAACGGAGAAUCGGGAUGAGCUGAAAAAAAGAGAAGACAAAAGUGCUGAUGAAGAAACACGGGAAGCUAGUAUCUCACUUUUAUCUCACACUACCGGGUGGAGCCCUGCGCUUCGGGCAAUAACAGACAGUUAGAAACAAGCUUUCUGUGAAAGUAAUUUCAUGACGCUGCUGUCGGAUUUAAUAUUGUGUAAUCGCUAGGUGAAAAGAAAGAGUAGGCGGGUUUGAUGCCGGUAGUACAGUAUGACACAGCCUUUUGAAAAGCGUGAUUGGUUGGUUUUCCUCUUUUACCGUUCUCAUAAUUCACAAUUUAGAGUCUCACGCCCCCGAGACGAAGGGAACUUUUAAAAAAUUUAAAUUUAAAUUAAGGGAUAAUGAAAUUGAUAUAGAUUUUGGCGAAUUUGCCAUUAUGAUGUUAUCUAGUAAGCUACAUACUUUUCAAGCAUUUCUAAAAGUGGCACACACUAAAGCUCUUCAGCCAGUCUGGACUGGUUGUAAAAACAAAAACCCACACACAGAUUCUCAGUCACAGCCGAGGGACCCACAGAUCUCUUGGUAAACACCUGCGCACACUCAUCACUGAAGUCAUUAGAUCAACUACAAAUUUCACAGAAAAUACUAAGCAGAUAAACAUUUUUUUUUAAUAUAACAUAAAAUAAUAUAACUUUAUUGAUAGUCAGUUUAUCUUCAUUUGUCAGUGAUUGCUUGCGUUUCGUGUGUGCGAACCUUAAUGCAUCUUAUUUUUCCCAGUAAUAAACUGAACUUCACAUACUCUUUCAGACGCACGCUUGUAAUCAAAGAAUGCUUUCAUAAAUAGAGCUGGCCUGGGGUCAUUUUCCAAUCUUCCUGGUUAUCUUGGCUGCGUUACAAAAAACAUUGUAAGUGCACUGUAGGUCCACUGGUUUCCGUGGGUCUAUAAUCUUUUGGCAAAUGCAGCUGUAAUCUGUGUAAUGCUUUCAUUGACUGCCAAAUGAGUGACAUUUUUGUAAUUCUUUAUUCUUCUUUUUUUGUUUGUUAGUUUUGGAAACAUUGAUACAGCAACAACACAGAAGGCAGGAGGUCUAGAAGGAACGUUUUUGCAUACCUCUGAACUUCAUUGGAGCCUAAAAAUGACACAUACAGUAAUCAUUGUGGCUGUCAUGAACUCUGUCCAUGGAUUUCAAUUUGAUCACCACCAGAGGUCACUCUUAUUGUAUUUUUACAGUAACUUACUGGCAGCACUGUUCUCAGUAAGUUAAUGUAACUGCCCCCUUUACAGUAGUUUAGUUCCAUGUUUUCCCAUUUAACAGAAAUAGUUUUUCUGAAAUCUAUAAUCUGAGCCGGCAAUAGGCUGCCAACUUUAGACCGCUGCCUUCGCAUCUCGUGUAGCUGAAAAAACCCGAUGCUGUGACUUCAUAACAUGUUCAUAAACAAACAUUACAGAGUUAUUUUGAUAAAAUAUUUAGCAUGAUGCAUUUGGUCACAAGACAUACAAGAGCCAACAGCAUUUCACAACCAAGGCUGACGCAACACAGGAUGAAAUUGAAUCAUUUCCAGUAUCAUUCACGUCUGCAUUCUGAUGCCAAAAUAGAACCUGCACAUAAAAAAAAAAAAAAAAAAAAAAACAAUUCUAAAGGGGUACACUGUGAAUCAGAAUAUGACGCCAAAGGUUCCUGACCAAGAGACAAUAUGAUGAUUUGGGAGUGAGAACAGUAUGCAGCAGACACCCCGACCUCAACAAGUUCAAAACUGCAUGGCUGAUUUCACACAAGUGGCUCAAUGUUGUGUCUACAUAUUUAUAUGUCUAACAAGAGAAGACAGAGAGAUUGGCGCACUUAACUUGCAUUGCCCAAAACGAGACGUUUGUCUGCAUUCGAAGUCUGGAAACGUGUCUUAGACAUUUUAAACAUACUCCAGCAAUUGAGUUGCUGUAACUAGCAGACACUGUCAUUAUUGUACAGACAGACUGUUAUGAAACCCUUUCAUUUGGCACAAAUCAUGUUAGGCAAUAGCAAAUCGAUGCAAAACACCAUAUUUAUCUACUUAGUAGGCUAUUUGAAUACUUAGUAACUGACAUUUGUUUAAUGUUAAUGAUGUAAUUAUUGCCUAAUGCUAUGAGACUAGAGUAAGUAAAAUAGCUUACAUACACACCAUAUGCAAUUAAAAACAAUAACCAGUUGUAAUGCACUUUAUUGCUUUUUCAUGUUUUACCUGAGUCACAACAGUUAUAAUUGGUUUAGUUUAAAUGUGCGAUAUUCAAGUAUGUGGAAAAUGUGGUGUUUCUCGAACAAUCCCCCUUGGUUUUGAGCCUAUACAGUAACGGUCUCAUGUACAGAAAGCCAAAAGCGCACAGUUUUUGAAAUCCGUUCAUAGUGACAGCUUGGCCUAGUUGGAUUCUAUGGGUAGGGAAAUUGUCAUGAUACAAGCCGGAUGUAUCUGCAACCAAAUUGAGCCACAUAUUGAUUUUACUCUUUACCGCAGAUCUUCUCGCAAGAUGAAAGAGAGUUUGAUUACUUUACUGUAGACUGGAACUCUUGCUUGGUGAAAUCCGUCCUCACAAUUUCAAACCAAUAAAUCAGACACCUUGUAAAAGCGGUGCACUGUCACCUUGUUUUGCUCAUCAUUAAUUGUAAAUCACUGUUGCUAAUAUCUAAGGGAUUCCUGAGUCACAGUAUGGAAAAUUAAACAGACGUAGAAUUGUUGGCCAGGCUUAUUUCCACAGGGCAUUCCAGGCAUUCCUCGAAUGUCAGAAGAUGCUAUAAAUAUUUAAGAAUGUAAAACAUUAAGAACAGAUGAAUCACAUGAAAAGAGGAGAAGGCAGUUUAGUCUUGUCAGAAGUGCCUGAAAAAAUGACAGAGAUGUUUAAGAGAUGUUCUAAGCUUUUUUCCAUAAGAAAAACCAAAACAAUUUUGGAAAUGUUUGCUAUUUGUGGUAUUGCAAAACAUGCAUUUUCCUUUCGGUGUUAUUAUUUGUGGUUCCAAUAAGAUAAGAUGAAAUAGUAUCUCAUGUGACUAAAAUAGUGCCUCUCAUGUGAACUUCUCAAACCACAGCC